AUGCAAAAAAGCGAGAAUUUUGAAGAAGUUCGUAGUUUAUCGCCUAUUGAAGAGGAAUCCGAAUCCACAUUAUGUUUCAAACAGGCAUCUACUAAUUUUAUUGAACCAGAAAGAAAUGGUUAUCGAAUAACAAGAUUUCCCUACAAAUCUUAUCAAAGGAUAUUGAGAAAAUCAGAAGGGGAUAGCAGCUCCGGAGACGAUCAAAUGGAACAACAUUAUCAUCAGCCUAGAAGAGUCGCAGAUGACUAUUAUUGUUUCGAAUCAGACGCUUCCAAAGAGGCGGAAGCUUCCGGCGACAAUGAUGAGGCAGAAAUCGGUCUCCGUGACAAGUCCUUGAAGACCACCGUGGAACAGCUUAAGUACAGAUUGUCCCAAGCCGAGAGGGAGAUCGUCGCCCUGAAGAGGUACCAGAGUCCGCAGAAAUGCCAGAGUCACGGGAGAUGUGAAAUUCUUCGGCGAGAUCUGCUGACUUGGCAAGAUGAGCACGAAAAGAGGAUCUCCUCUCAAAUAGUCAGAUGGCAAUUGGCGGAAAGAAGAAGGAUACAUGACGAGAUGGAAAAUAUGAGGAAAGUAUACGAUAAUAUCGAAGGACAUCUAGAGGUCUUGGAGAAGCGAUGUGCGAAAUCCUACUUUGACUUUCAAAGGCAAAUCGAUGCGUGGGAGAAGCGACUUAAAGAGGACGUUAUUAGUUUACACGAAAGCAACUUGAUCGAACUGUGGGAACAAUUUCGAGCAUGGUCUGAAAAGCAAAAUGCAAUUAAUUCAUCGGAAAUUCAAAAGGAGAAAAGCGAAGCGUACGAUUGCGAAGAUACAACUGUAAAAAAUCGAGAUGAGUCUAACAAAUUAACAAAUUCCAAACUGACAGCAUCAUAUGAGAACAACGCUAAGUUUUUACGUAGGAUAGAACAUACUGUUAAAGUUGAAGUCCAGCGGCAUCGUGAUGAUUUAAUAAAGCGAGUAGAUCAAAAGAUGGCAGAGUUUUGGUUAGCUUUUGAAAAGUUCAAGCAUAACUUCCAUUUAGAUCGGAAUUAUUGUCGACAUAAUUAUAUCGAAAUAAAUAGCGAUGAAACAGAAUCAAAUAUAUAACGGAAGGCUUUAUACGUGAUUCUACUUGACAAGAGAAGC